UUACAAAUUAACAUUAUUUAAGACAGUUCUACUCUUUUAUUAAAAACAUAAAAAUGUUUGCGAGAAACAGACAAAGUCAGGGCUAUCCCAGUGCACGAACACAAAAUCCUAGUAACCAGGCUCCUUUCCAGAGCCAAAAUUCUGUACUAGUAGCUAUACAACAAUACCGAGGAAGUGCGGUCGGCCAGGGGCUAGAUCGUCUGUUACCCACAUAGCAUAACCUGCCAUAGGCCAUUUUGUUGAUUUAUACUGAACUCAUGUCUAAGCAAGUUGAAUUAUUUUAAUAUUAUUAUAUUAUUGAUAUUCAACUCUAAUUUAUUUUCUAUAUACUUUAUUUAAACUGUAUUCUUUGUACUAUAAAUGUACAUUCUUUUCUUUUUGUAAUUUUUUUUUUUUUUCCUUUUUUUUAUUACUUAUACUUAAAACAUAGAAUAUAUUCUAAUAGAUUGAUUAUAAUUUAACAUAUACAUUAUAGUUUAUAUUCAUUGUUAUUUUUAAAAUUGCUUUUUAAAUUAUCUAAUAAUUAACAUAUUUUAACUUAGCUGAGUCAUGAGUAAGGAAACAUUGGCCAUAGUUAAAGAUAACUUGUUUAGUCAGCAAGGGAGUUAUCAGCCACCACAACCAAUCGUAACUCAGCAAGCUAUUUACAAACAAGGGAAUGUGCAAACUUCACAACCGUUUAAAUCUCAACCACCAGUACAGAUACAACAACCUAGUAUAACAAGACCCUUGCAACAAUUGAAACCUCAAUUAACGCAGCAGCAACAGCAACAACAUCUGCAGCAACAGCAACAUAUGCAACAGCAGCAGCAACAGCAACAGCAGCAGCAGCAUAUACAACAACAGCAUAUACAGCAACAACAGCAGCAGCAACAUAUGCAACAGCAGCAACAUAUACAGCAACAGCAGCAACAUAUACAGCAACAACAUAUACAGCAACAGCAACCACCCCCACAACUGCCACCACCUAAUACUCAACAACAACAACGCCUAAAACCAAUACUUAAACAGAGCUCGAUUACAGUAUCUACUGUUCCUAUGCAGAACACAUCUGUCACCCCUCAACAACCUGCUUCUACAUCACAAAAUAUAUCUGUACUCACUACAUCAGAUACAACUGCCUGUUGCAAUAAUGCCAUUGAUGGAAAAGUUGAUGUCAAAACUGAAAAUGCAGAUACUGAUGCACCAGAAAUACCAAGAUGGAGACGUAAAAUACCUGGAUUUAAGGUAAAUAAAAAACUAAAACGUCUUCGCUUGAAUCAACGUUUAAGAAAGACUCUUCAACCAAAAAACGCAAUUAUGGUUUUAAAUGAAAUGAAAGCUGGAGUGCAGUUUACAUUUCCUGAAACACAAGGACCUAUGCCAAAUUCUCUUUAUCUUGUUCAUGCAGAGCUUGAUGGGAAAACAUAUGUUGGUCAAGGAUUAUCUAAACCACUUGCACGUCAAAAUGCUGCUGAAAAUGCAUUAAAAGCAUUAUUACUUGAAAAAAUGACUGCAGCUAGUAUGAAAGCACGUAUGGAUGCCGAAUCAGAUGGACAAGCAAAUCAACCUGCAGAUUCUUCCAUGUCAUCAACGAAAGAAGACAAUGCAGAAGAUGGACAAAUGUCAACGGAUACUAAUAUUGAUGAAAGCGAAGAAGUUCCAUGGAGUUCAUUAGCAAGUUUUGCACUUUAUAAACUUUUCUUGGAAUGGCAUAAUCAAGGAACAUCAGUACCAGUACCCAGACCAGGAUUACCUACACCACUAAAAGGAGCAAAGAAAAUACUUUCUAGUACAAAUAAAUUUCCAGUUCAGAAGGAACUUCCACCAAAUGCGACCAAUAUACAUCCUGUUAUGUUAUUAAAUCAAAUGAAACCAGGAUUAACAUAUGUAGAAAUAAGUCGUCUUGGAAAUCCACCUAAUAUAAUGUUUACACUAGCUGUGGAAAUUGAUGGUGUUGGUUAUACUGGUUCAGCAAGAAAUAAAAAGGAUGCUAAAAAAAUAGCAGCAAAAGCAGCAUUGUUAGCUUUAUAUGGAUUAAACUAUCCUGAGGAAAAUAAAGUUGAUCAAUCAGAGGAUGUACAAAGUAUGUAAAGUAAUCUUUACAUAUUAAUCAAAAUACAUUUCUUUAAUUACAA